AUGACGGGCGGGACGGAGAUCAUCAUACCGGACACAGGAGCAGUGUUUGCGUUUGGGAAGAGUAAGGUGAGGGAGAAUGUGCCCAGUCGCUUCUGGCUGAAGAGUGACGUCCCCGCUCGCAUCUGCUGUGGCGACGCCCACUCCAUCCUGGUGACGGCACAGGGUCGUCUGUACGUGUUUGGCAGUAACUCCAGUGGUCAGCUUGGCUUGGAAACAAAGGGAGCUUUAAGUAAACCUACAAGUGUGAAAGCUCUGAUUUCUGAGAGAGUGGAGUUGGUCGCCUGUGGAAGGAAUCACUCCAUCAUCAGCACCACCCGAGGACAGGUCUACACCACAGGUGGGAACAGGAGCGGGCAGCUGGGCCUUGGUCACCAUGACAACCGAAAUGCCUUUGAGCAGCUGCAACCUUUCUGUGAGCACGCACCAAUCAAGAUGCUCGCAGCCGGGAGCCAAACCUCCGCCGCCCUGACAGUGGAUGGCAGGUUGUUCGUUUGGGGCGAUAACUCUGUGGGACAGCUUGGCCUUGGGUCCAGCAAGGAAGCCUCGUUUCCAUGGGAACUGAAAGUGGGCCAACCAAUCACAUGGGUCUCCUGUGGAUUCAAACAUUCUGCACUUGUCACAGAUGAUGGAGGUCUGUUUACAUUUGGGGAGAGUUCCGGGGGGAGGUUGGGCCUAACCCCUGAUCAGCUGGCCAAUCACAGAGUCCCUCAGCUGGUGAACAUUCCACAGUGUGUCCAGAAGGUGGCAUGUGGAGGAGCACACACACUAGCCCUGACAGAGGAGCGCCUGUACUCGUUCGGGCGAGGGGAGUGUGGUCAGCUGGGAUUAGGGACGUUCAUAUUCCAGGUUGACCUGCCCACAGCUGUCAAUCACACAGGAAGGGGCGGGAUCACACACAUCACCUGUGGGGACAACCACUCUGCCAUUGUAACAGACAGUGGGCUUCUCUAUACAUUUGGAGAUGGACGUCAUGGGAAACUAGGCCUCGGAGACGAGAACUUUGCCAACCAGUUCAGCCCAGCGCUGUGCCAACGCUUCCUCAGCUUCUGCGUGGAGACAGUGGUGUGUGGGGGCAGUCACAUGCUGGUGUUUGCGCGCCCUCGGCCGGAGGAGAUGGAGGUGUGUGUGGAGCAGGAUGAGGUCACACCCCCUAACCUUGAGCCGGCCGUCUCCACCCUGUUGCUGGGACCGCCCCCCGACGUCUCCUCCAAUCCCAUCACGAUAACCAGCUCUCAGCCCGCACCUCAGCACAGCAGCCUAUUACCACGAGCCAGGCGCAGAGAGAGGGUGGGAUCGGUAGAAGGUUUCGGCCCAGUCUUCCAGAACGUUCCUCUUCUGACGCCCCUCUCCCUGACCCCCAUCGGCCCCAGACCAGACCCCAGAGCCUCGGAGGAGGAGGGGUCCCCCAAACGACCCCCCAAAACGCCCCUCAAGCGCACCCCCACUGCACCCCCUCCUGAUCUGCCCUCAGACACCCCCAAACGCAAGGCCAUCACCCCCAAGCCUGGUAAGAUAACAGCCAAACCUGUGGAGAAGAAGCAGGAAGCAGGCACUGAAUCACCUGGACAGAGGCCUUCCACAGGAGGGGAGAGGUCAGGCCAAGCCACUCCCACAGAGAGGCUGGCCACCAAGAAGCUCAAGCAGAAAGCAAACAAGGACGUUGCCGAGGGAACUGUAGCCAUGGAUGUGGAAACAGAAGAGUACCUCUCCUCCCCUAAAGCAAAAGCUGGGGUAAAACCUGCACAGGUGAAAGGUCCAAGUGUAAAAGUCACAGUAAAAGAGCCAGUGGAUGUCGUUUCCCUGACAGGGAGAGAAUCAGAGAACCCAGAGGAGAGUCUCAGCCAGUCACUACAGACGGGGAAGGUCACGGAGGUCAAAUCUGAGGUGAAGUCUGCCACAGCUAGGGUAAAAGAACCCGCACUGGCUGCUGCGGAAAAAGUCGGGGAAAGGAAGCCUGCUCCACUGCACACUCAGGUGGACAGGUCGAGCCCAGAGGAAGGCCCCAGGGUCAAGUCUUCCUCACAGAAGGGGAAGGACACCAAGAAAACCCCUAUCAGAGUUCAAAGGGAUGCAAGUAGCUCGUCUGACAAAGAUGGCAGUGUGUCUAAAGAUGGUGUUUCACAUAAGAGUGUUUCAGAGGAUGAGGACAGAUCUGUAGAUGAGAGGGACUCAGACAAACAAACACUUUUACUGAGGGACAAGAAGAUCAAAGACUCAUUGGCAAAGAGCCAGUCACCAUCCAGAAGAGAAGCCAACAAAUCAGUGGAAAGGAGGGCCAAGGCAGGCAGUCAAUCAACAUCCAGCAACAGGUCUACCCCAGAUUAUAGCCAGUUGCUGUCUAGUCCAUGGUCCAGUCCAUCCAAAAAACAAUCAACACCUAAGAUCCCAAAGUCAAGCCAAGGUAAAACUGACCAAUCGGCAGCAAAGGCUGGCAGCAAAUCAGCAACCAAGAAGAUCCCUUCUCCAGUGAACAGCCAAUCAUCAUCCAGUCCUUGGGACACUCCAACCAAUAGCCAAUCGAGAUCAAGACAGAGGUCUGCCGCAGGAAAGGGGGGUCAUGAGAGUCCCAAAGAAGGUGGCAUUCUGGGAAAUGUAGUUUCUGCUGUGGCAGGUGCAGCACUGACAGGCUCAGCAGCACUGCUGCAGGACAUGGUCUCACACACGCCAGACGUCACCACACACAGGACUAUGACUGCUCAGGACCAAUCAGGAGCCAGUAGCGAACAGGAAGCAAUGGAGCAAAGCACCAAUCGGGAUGGAGAAAGCGAGUCAGGAAGACAGUCUGUUCUAAAGGACGACAGACACAAAGAGGAAGGGCAAGAAAAGAAGGACGAGAAGGAGGAGAGCGAAGACUGGAGCUUAAGUAUCGAGGAGGGAGGAGAGGAAGAACGAGGGAUAGGGAAGGAGGAGAGGAAUGGCCAGCAGGAGGAGGAGCAGUCUGGAGAGGGGCAAGAGGAGAGGGGGGGCGAUGAAGAGGAGGAAGAGGAAGAAGAACAGAGGAGACUGAAGAAAGACAGAGCUGUGGAAGAGGAGGAGAAGGAGGAGGAGGAGAAGGAAGAUGAGGAGGAGGAAGAGAAGGAGGAGGAGGAGGAGGAGAAGGAGGAAGAUGAGGAGGAGGAAGAGAAGGAGAAACCAAAGAAAGGACAAGAGAAAGACAGUGAAGAUGAUGAAGAGGAGGAAGAGGAGGAAGAGGAGGAGGAGGACGAAAAGAAGAAAGACCUGAAGGAAAAGAGUGAAGAGGAAGAGGGGGAUGAAUCAGAGGAAGAGGAAGAGAAGCCCAAACAGAGAGCCAAAGAACAGGUGAAACAGAAGCUGAAAGGGAAAGAACAAAAGAAAGAUGAAAAGAAACCUAAACAAAUCCAAAAGGAAGAGAGUGACGAUGAUGAUGACGAAGAUGAUGAUGAUGAGGAGGAAUCGGAGGAGUCAGAAGAGGAAGUGAAUGUCAAACAGACAUCGAAAGGGCAAGCUAAACAAACUCUGAAAGAGAAAGGCAAGACUCCAAUAAAGCCACAGAAAGGACGCAAAGAGGAGAGUGAAGAGGAUUCUGAGGAGGAGUCGAACGAGGAGUCGGAGGAGUCGGAGGAGAAACCCGUGAAACUGAAACAAAGCGUGAAACAACAACAGAAACCAAAACCCAGCCUGAAGGACAAGAAGGAGGACAAGAAGGAGGACAAGAAGGAGGACAAGAAGAAAGCAACGAAAGGAAAGGUGAAGGACAGUGAGGAUGAAGAGGACGAGGAGGAAGAGGAAGAGGAGGAGGAGGAAGAAUCAGAAGAAUCCGAAUCAGAGGAUUCAGAGUCAGAGGAAUCAGAAGAGUCUGAAGAGGAAUCAGAUGAGGAAGAGGAGGAGGAGAAACCUAGGAAGGGAAAGACUAAACCAAAAGCAGCUUCCUCAGGCAAGCAGACAGGUAGACAGACAGGUAAGCCAUCAGGCAAACAGACAGGGAAGCCAUCAGGCAAGCAGACAGGGAAGCCAUCAGGCAAACAGACAGGUAAACAGAGAGCUGCAGGUAAACAGAAGACCAUUAAUGGAGCUCCCAACUCUGAAGGCUUCUGGAAUGAUGUCUUACCUCAGUACUUAGACCUCAGGUAA